UGCCUUGCCUUGCCUUGUGUUCGUUCUGAGUUCUUCAAAUGGGACCCACUAGAGGGUUGAAGAGGAAGAAGAAGAAUAAUAAGGCUGAGAAGAAGGUUGACCAGAAUGCGUUUGUUGCUUCUCUUGGCUCGCAACUUCUUCAGCCUCUGGAUUGGUGGGACGACUUCUCUCGCAGGAUUACUGGGCCUUUGUCUCAGACAAUGACAUUUGAAUCCAUUUUCAAAAUUUCAAGGAAGACAUUCAGCUACAUCUGCUCACUCGUAAAGGAUGAUAUGUUGGCUAAAACCUCGUACUUUGAUUAUAAAGGGAACCCUUUGUCUUUGAAUGACCAAGUAGCUGUUGCUCUUCGGAGGCUAAGCUCAGGCGACUCAUUGUCUAUUGUUGGUGACUCAUUUGGGAUGAAUCAGUCAACAGUUUCUCAGUUAACCUGGCGGUUUGUGGAAGCAAUGGAAGAAAGAGGACUCCACCAUCUCUGUUGGCCUUCAACUGAAGCAGAGAUGGAAAUAAUAAAGUCCAAGUUUGAGAAAAUCCGCAGUCUUCCAAAUUGUUGCGGUGCAAUUGAUACCACACACAUCAUGAUGACUCUUCCUAAUGUGCACCCAGAUAAUGAUGUCUGGAUUGACUAUGAAAAGAACAGCAGCAUGAUCUUACAGGCAAUCGUUGAUCCGGAAAUGAGAUUCCGCAACGUAAUUGCUGGAUGGCCAGGAAGUUUGAGUGAUGCCAUUGUGCUCCAAAGCUCGGGUUUUUUCAAAUUGUCCGAAGAUGGGGAGAGGUUGAAUGGGAAGAAGAUAGUUCUCUCGGAAGGAACAGAGUUAAGAGAAUACAUAGUAGGAGAUGCAGGUUUUCCUCUUUUGCCAUGGCUGCUAACCCCAUACCCUAGACGAGGCCUAUCAGAUUUUCAGGCCGAGUUUAAUAAACGGCAUUAUGCCACACGAAUGGUGGCACAGAGGGCAUUGGCAAGGUUGAAGGAGAUGUGGAGGAUAAUUCAUGGAGUCAUGUGGAAGCCUGAUAGGCAUAGAUUGCCAAGGAUCAUUCUUGUGUGCUGCAUACUCCACAACAUCAUUAUCGACAUGGAAGAUGAGAUGCAAGAUGAAAUGCCCUUCUCACACCAUCAUGAUUCUGGUUACCGACAACAAUGUUGUGAAUCCGUCGACAAGUCUGCCUCGAUUCUGAGAGAGAAGCUUUCUCUACACUUGGCUGGAACCACUUGAGAAAGAUGCCUCAGUCUCGGGAAAUG